AUGCAGCUGACAGGACUCGAUACGUUCUCUUUAGAGAAGAUUACUGUAUCGCAAAGUAAAGAUAGUAUGACAUUGACGGCUCAAAUCAGAGUACCCAUACUGACACUACAUUCAGAUAAGUAUUCGCUUAAGGGAAGCGCAUAUUAUUUCUAUCCAAUAAAAGGAUCAGGAGGAAUGACAAUUCAACUGAAGGAUGUUGUAGCUCUGUCGACAGUGCGAUUUGUCCGUGUUGAUGAUUUUAGUUCCAAGAUCGAUCAACUUUCAUUGGAGUAUAACGUUAAAAAAGUUAAGGCUAAUUUAGAGAAAAGCACUUUCUUAAUCAACCAAGUGCUGAAUGCUGAAGGGGCAGCGAUCUUGAAUGGCUUUCACGAUGACAUUGUCAACGGAACUUGGAAUUAUGCUGUUCCUCAAGCUAACGAAUAUCUGUCUAAAGUUAGCCUCAGUGAUUUUAUUAAAACAAUAUUAAAUGUCAGCCAAAGUGCAUCUGUCAUUAAGGAUAGGAAAUAA